CACUGUUAUCUCCCUGUGUGUGAUCGAGGCUGUGAGAAAUGGCGGAAUCUUCGACCAAAAGACAGGAUUCUUUCACUUGUUCAGUUUGUCUGGAUCUAAUAAAGGAUCCAGUUGCCGUUCCAUGUGGACACACUUAUUGUCUGGGCUGUAUUAAAGGUUGCUGGGAUCAGGAAGAUGGUAAAGGCAUCUACAGCUGCCCCCAGUGCAGACAGACAUUUAGACCAAGACCUGUUCUGAGUAGAAAUGUUCUGAUUGCUGAAAUGGUGGAGGAAUUUAGGAAGACCAGAAUGCAAACUUAUGUUCCUGCUCACUGUUAUACUGGACCUGGAGAUGUGGAGUGUGACAUCUGCACUGGGAAAAAACUGCAAGCCGUCAAAUCCUGUCUGGAUUGUCUGUUGUCUUACUGCAAAACUCACUUCAAAGCUCACAAUGACCUGCACCCAGGAAGAAAACACUCAGUGAUUGAUGCCACAGGUCAGCUACAGGAGAGGAUCUGCUCUCGUCAUAAGAAGGUUUUUGAAAUAUUUUGUCGAACCGAUCAGAGUUGUAUCUGCUAUCUGUGCAUGAUGGACGAACAUAAAGGCCAUGACACAGUCACAGCUGCAGCAGAACGGACUGACAAACAGGUGAGUAUUGGAGUUAGAUAUGUGUCUAUGAGGGCUCUUAUAAGUACUAACUGAAUGUAAUACUAUAACUACAAGAAUGCUAUUUCACCAGUCUUUAAGUCUGCCUGUUUCCGCAAUGACUUUGCCUAUUAGAGAAAGGAAAAAUCAGGAAAUGAUUAUCAGGUGUAAGGUCCAGUGUUGAAUGAAAACAGUGAAACAUUAACCUGUCGGCUUCAAACUGAAC